AUGUCUAAAGAGUGGAAAUCAGCACAUCUGUCAACGGCUGCUUUCUAUGCUAUAGUCGUCUUGUGUAUAUUUACCUUGCCGCUUCUUUUCAGGCUUCCCAAGCUGCCUAUGUCUAUCUGGCUAAGCCCGUAUAACAUACGGGAGUCAAAUGAACGUUACAUCAUGGCUUUCGGCGAUUCCUAUACCCGUAGUGGUUUCAAAAUGAACUGGACAUAUACCAAAACCGGCACCGAAAUGGACGAUAUGGAGAAAAGCGAAAGACCAAACGGCAAGCUAUUAGAUGGCCCAAGUGCUAUCAAUCCAAUCGGCAACCCGAAACUACCAGGUAUAACAUCGUCAGGUGGGAAAAACUGGAUCAUAAAUAUGGCUACAGAGUUUAAUACCACGCUUACAUUGGCAUAUAUCUUUGCACGAUCGGGAUCUACAGUAGAUGACAACAUCAUACCGGUGAGAAUACCAAACCGAUUCACCUUUGGGAACCAGAUUAUUCAUUUCAACGACACAAUUGGACAUCGCCCUGACUAUGCUCCGUGGACCCCGAAGAAUACCGUUGCCACAAUUUGGUUUGGCAUCAACGACCUGGGCCUAGUCUUGAACAGAGGGGGCUUGGAAGGUAUAGACGAUCGAUUAGAAGCGGCAAAUCGACGCAUUUUCGAGCUUACGGAACUUCUCUACGACAUAGGCCUUCGUCAAUUUGUAUUCAUUGAGGUUCCACCCGUCGAAUUAUAUCCUGGGCACCAAACGAAGAAGUGCGACCCAAGUCACAAACACAAACACGAAAUGUUUCUAUAUGGAGUCAACCUUUGGAACAGGGCACUUAGAGAAAAUACCAUACAGUUCGGACAAACCCAUCCCGACGCCGAAGCUACUUAUGUGGACGUGUGGGAUAUAUUCUACCAAGCAUUCUUCUAUCCCAAGUCUUUGGAAGCAAAGAACGCAACGUGCAUUGAUCCGAAAGGCAAAGACUGUCUAUGGGCUGAUGGAGGACAUGCUGGGCGGAAGAUCCACCAGCUUAUCGGUGCUAGAGUAGCUGAGAAAGCCUGGGGAGAGGAAACUUCAUAA